CCGAUCCGGCAGCAUCCACGACUGGAAUUUCUGGACAAGCUCACCAAGCUAGCGGCUGAUCAACGCAUGGCCGUUGCCCAACGGUCAAGACACGGAGAUCAUGAGACCGUGCUCAUGGAACGCCUCAGCCUCAUCCAUGAAACGUAUUGUGGUUCGACGCAUCUCGAAACGAACUGCUGAAACGGUUACAGAAGGGCGACACCCAUCAACAGAACUCAAUGAUCAAUAUUAACGGCACAGGUCUGUAGACAACGAGGUGCCAUAACCACAGCAAAGCACCCAAGCUGUUUAAACCAGCACAUGAAUUGACGAUCGCCGAGCAAUUCACAAAUGAUUUUUCAUACAGCAGCUCACCUACCUUGUAGAUUCCAUCCAUUCUCGUCAUACCCAGAAGUUCGACUCAUGACCGUCUUGUUGCACACCGCAUACCAACACCAAGCCAAGCCCGUCGCAUCUUCCUCAGAGUGCCGAAAGAACCGCCUCAGAAUCAGCCUGAACGCGCCGAACGUACGGCCGCGCUACCUCGGCAGGCGAUUUCUACCAGAAGACCAGAAACUCUCCGUACAAUUCAGCAGAUCAUGUUUCAGAUCUACCGGGACGUCCCUUCAACGAUUGUCAAAUGCAGCCCUAUCCGGUAGCUUCGUCCUAGCGCCGCACCACUCCUGUCGAGGAAGAGCUUAUUUCUGCAUGGAACAGCCGGCGAGAUGUCUGCUGGGCACCAACACUUCUGACAGUAUGUACUAUUGUAGGAUCACGCAUGACAUUUGCUGGCGCUCCGGAGUAGCCUCAGCAUCCGAACAUGACAGAUUGUAUGUGGUCGACCUCCAUGAUUUGUCUUGCGCUCCACGCCUCGGUUGACUAGAUCGCCAUCUAAUACCGCUCCCUUAUAAGUACACCACAGAGUACGUACUGAUCAGAGUAUCAUACUACUGUUCAUCAACACU